UUUCCGCCGACCAUUUUCCCCACAAAAUACCUCCUCCACCAUAUUCUUCUUCCAAUCUCAGUUGACUGACUCUCUCUAUAAAUAAAAACCUCACCCAAGUUGUUGUUGUAGUACUUGGUACUUGUAGAAUUGUACUACUUCCUUUUAAGUUUAAUUUAAUCAUCACCAUAAUUAACCUUUUCUUCCAUUCCCGGAAUUAAAUCCCUCCCAUCAUUAAUUCGUCACUAUCUUUACUACUAAGAAAGAUCUGCAUUCAUUUAUUUCUUGUCUGUAAAGACGGCUGCCGAGAAUCCAUCCCUUUUACUGUUUUCAGUUUUUUUUUUUUGUUUUUGUACAAGAAUUAAGAUAUGAGAAGGACUAGAGGGUUUAAGCUAGGAAGGAAAGUGGUCCGGGUUUUCAGAUGGUUCAUCGGCCGGAGAGGUCCGGCAAAAAUGGGUUGGGCCCGGCUUGGUGGAGGAGGAGGUCAUAAUAAAAGCUGCUCUAUUGGAGCCUUGUCCAAGCUUUUUACCUUUAAAGGGCUGAGCUUUCCGAAGCUUAGGUCGGGUUACAUUCGGGUCGGGCAAGAACCGCUGAUUCCGUCCAAGAUCGGAAAAGCCGACGUUCCGAAGGGCCAUCUGGCCGUAUACGUGGGCAGCGACGAUGAUGACGCAUCCAGGGUCAUCGUGCCGGUAAUAUAUUUUAAUCAUCCUUUGUUUGCGGAGUUGUUGAGGGACACUGAGAAGGUUUACGGGUUUGACCAUCCCGGAGGGAUACAGAUUCCGUGUCAGAAAUCGGAAUUCGAGGACGUCAAAAUGAAGAUCGCCGCCGCGAGUGGCUGUAACGGGAGGCGGAGGAGCUGGAGACAGUUGUUAAUGAACAGUCGUCGACGCGAGAUACUAGACCACUGACGAUGAUGAGUCAGAUUCUGCAUUUUCUGACGUGGAGCUGCUGUCAUUGUUCCGCCGUGCCCGGCGGCCCCGGCCUAGUUGGAAAAUUUUUAGGAAAUUAGAUUAAAGAAAAAAAAAACGGCGACCCACGGGGGUCCCACACUUUUUGUUGAUGUAGCUUUGUGACGUGUCACGUGGAAGAUUUUCUGUUGUACAGAUAUGGCAGAAAAUUUAUAAAUGAUUUUUACUCCAUUUUCCUCCUCUCUGUUUUUUCUUUUAAACAUAAAAAUUUUCAUAUUCCCAAAGUCUGAUGGUCAAUUUUGAGUAAUUCAGUGACUAAAAAUGGACAAGGCAUAAAAG